CUCCUUCAACCUCUUCUCUUUAUGCUCUCAAAUUUCACAAACUUCAUUUUAUAUCAAAGGGCUUAGUUUAUCAGUAAGUUUUUAUCUGAUAAACUAACCAGCAUUGCCCAUUACUUGUAGUUAUUUGUAUACAAAACAACAGAUCUGCACAGUGAAGUGAUUUUUACCCACAAAAAAUGAAGGGUUUUGUUGGUUCUCUGGUUUUUCUGAUUAUUCUUGUUGUUCCAGUAGCAUUAGCUGGGCAUAAUUAUGGUGAAGCUUUGAGUAAGAGCUUUUUAUUUUAUGAAGCUCAGAGAUCUGGGUAUCUUCCUCAUAACCAGAGAGUUCAAUGGAGGGGUAAUUCUGGACUUAAUGAUGGAAAAGCUAGUGGGAUUGAUUUGGUUGGAGGGUAUUAUGAUGCUGGUGAUAAUGUGAAAUUUGGUUUACCCAUGGCAUUUACUGUCACAAUGUUAUCAUGGAGUAUUUUGGAAUAUGGUAGACAAAUGGCUGCUAGUGGUGAACUUAGCCAUGCUAUGGAUGCUGUUAAGUGGGGUACUGAUUAUCUACUCAAAGCUCAUCCUGAACCUUAUGUUCUUUACGGAGAGGUGGGAGAUGGUAAUACGGACCAUUACUGUUGGCAAAGACCAGAAGAUAUGACUACAUCAAGAGCUGCUUAUCGAAUCGACCCGAACCAUCCCGGGUCGGAUCUUGCCGGUGAAACAGCCGCCGCUAUGGCGGCUGCUUCCAUCGUCUUCCGUCGUUACAAUCCGGGUUAUGCUAAUGAACUCCUUAAUCAUGCACAUCAGCUGUUCGAGUUUGCUGAUAAGUAUAGGGGCAAAUAUGAUAGCAGUAUUAGUGUGGCCCAGAAGUACUACCGAUCUGUCAGUGGAUACGCGGAUGAAUUACUAUGGGGAGCAGCAUGGUUAUACAAGGCAUCAAACAAUCAAUUUUACUUGAAUUAUUUGGGAAGAAAUGGUGAUGCCCUUGGUGGAACUGGUUGGUCCAUGACUGAAUUUGGUUGGGAUGUCAAGUAUGCUGGUGUCCAAACUCUUGUUGCUCAGUUCUUGAUGUCUGGUAAAGCUGGUCAUAAUGCACCUGUAUUUGAGAAGUACCAGCAGAAAGCAGAGAACUUUAUGUGUUCAUGUCUUGGAAAGGGUGACAGAAAUACCCAGAGAACUCCUGGAGGUCUCAUCUAUAGGCAAAGAUGGAACAAUAUGCAGUUUGUUACUAGUGCUGCAUUCCUUGCCACUACUUAUUCUGACUAUUUGGCCUCUGCUGGCAAAUACCUCAAGUGUUCUUCUGGUUCUGUUUCUCCGAAUGAGCUCCUCUCAUUCGCCAAGUCUCAGGUGGACUACAUUCUUGGUGACAACCCAAGAGCAACAAGUUACAUGGUGGGAUAUGGAAACAAUUACCCGAGACAAGUACACCACAGAGCUUCCUCCAUCGUCUCGUUUAAGGUUAAUCCUAGUUUUGUUAGCUGCCGGGGAGGCUAUGCUACCUGGUAUAGUAGAAAGGCAAGCGAUCCUAAUCUCCUUACUGGUGCUCUUGUUGGUGGACCUGAUGCCUAUGACAACUUUGCUGAUCAAAGAGAUAACUAUGAGCAAACUGAGCCUGCCACUUACAACAAUGCUCCGUUGAUCGGUGUGUUGGCAAGACUUCACGCUGGUCACAGCGGUUACAAUCAGCUCCUUCCAGUUGUUCCUGACCCAAAGCCAACGCCAAAGCCAGCUCCAAGAACUAAAGUAACUCCAGCUCCAAGGCAAAGAGUACUUCCAGUCCCAGCUAAUGCUCAUGUUACUAUUCAACAAAAGGCAACUAGUUCAUGGGCUCUGAAUGGGAAGACUUACUACAGAUACUCAGCAGUUGUAACCAACAAGUCUGGAAAGACGGUUAAGAACUUGAAGCUCUCAAUAGUCAAGCUCUAUGGUCCUCUCUGGGGUCUAACAAAGUAUGGUAACUCGUUCAUCUUCCCAGCUUGGCUCAACUCAUUACCAGCUGGUAAAAGCCUAGAGUUUGUGUACAUUCACACUGCUUCACCUGCAAUCGUCUCCGUUUCAAGCUACACUCUAGUCUAAAAGAGAUCAAGAAGUUAAAAAAAGGAAGUGGAAAUGAAAUGCUCACACAUUUUUCUUGUGGUGCUAAUGUAAGACUUGUGCAGCUAUACUACUACUACUACUACUACUAAACGGCGGGGUCAAGCAAGUCCUUUCAUCGUUCUUUUUUCGUUCUCUUGGAAGUUUGUCUGUAAGUUUCAACGUCUUGUUGGUUUGCUUUUGAUUAGGACUAUAGAUAACGACGUUUUAGGUUGAUAAUGUGGAGAAGUCGGAGGAAGAAAGGAGUGAAGAGACGAGUUUAUACAAGUGCUCAUCCUCUUUCUCCUCCACUUUAUAUAUAUACACAUAGUGUUUGAGAAACAGAGAAAAAGAGUGAAAGGGGUUGUGAAGCAAAGAAAGUUUUGCUUUUUGCUUCUCUAUAUUAUUAUUAUUAUAUCAUCUAAAGUCUUCAUUUACCUUUGUAAUUUGAAUGCAAGCUUGAAAUGUUCCUAAUCAUUUUUGCAUUUCACUUUGUUUUUUUUUGUAUUGUGAUGUUGUAAGCUUUGUUCUGGUUUUAGUAUUCUGUUCAAAGAACAGUUUAGCAACUUGUAAUACACCAUUUCUGAUA